CUUGAAGCCGAAGCAGCAGCAGCCAACCAACCAACAGCAAAGCUGAGUCGAUCGUGUUCCGAGCUGGCAGGCAGUGAUUUUGAUGGACUUGGAAGUGGUGAGAAGAGAAGAAGAAAAAAGUUUUCGGUUUUGAAAAGUGCUGAGCCAAAUUGGGACCGAGUUUUUUGCGUUUUCUGGUUUAGUUUUGGCCUGGUCGGUGUUUCGGUGUGUACUUCCGGCAAGUUCCGCGUCCGAUUGCGACCCCAUCCCCCCCGGAAAGCGGGUUCCGGUUCUCUUUUUUAGUUGUUCCAAAUCGAAGAAAGCGAAAAAGUAGAAGAAGAAUCGUUUGGCGAUUGUGUGUGGAAAAACGGGGUUUCUUUUUGCGCUAGCGGACGCUUUCUUUGUGGAAAAGUUUGUUCCGGAUUUUCCGACGCUUUUCGCGGGACCGCGAGAACCGAAGCAACCCUUGGGUCCGGUCCGGGAAAGCACCUCAUCGCGGCAGAGGGAGAGAGAAAAAAAAAUCAGGAAGAAAACGAAGAAAGCAGCAGAUCCAAGCAAACAAGGAAAUUACUUCGUCGUUCCGUUUUUUUGCUCUGUGCGUGUGUGUGUGUGUGCGCGUUUGUGCGAAAAAGAAGCAAAGAAAAAACCAACAAGAUAAAGAAGAUCGAAACGAAAACAACAACAACUUGAAGCAGAAGCAGCAGUCUAGCGAAAAAAAAAAAACAAUCCGCGGCCUACUUCGGGUUCAGGACAGUGUUUGACAGUCAGUCGACGUCGCCCAGGGGGACAGUAAAUUUUGUGUUUUGUUAUUUGUUGACACCCAGGAGCCGGACAAGACGCAGCAUCCACCAAUGUCAACCGUGUCAGAUCAGCGGAUGAAAGGACAAGGAAAUCACGGUUAUGGUUAUGGCUCGCAGCAGACGACAACGACGAACAACAGCAGCAGUGGCAGUGCUUCGUUCCAGUAUCCUCCGUUCAGCGGCGUAGGAGACGCUCCGGCCUGGUCCAAUGGAACCGACAGUAUCGCUAUAAUAGGUGGAAAUGAUUACAACAACUCAUGGGGAUCGCAGCAAAUGAACCACGGUCACGCUGGUGCUGGUGCCACCGGAGGAGGAUACUCGCAAAGAAAGCCGUACGAUGACAGCAGCUAUCAACACCGGAAUCAUCAGGGAGGAGGAUAUCACCAGGGUCACGAUGGAAUUAAGAAUGUCGAACAAGGAAUGCAGGGAAUGGGCCUCGGCGGCCGAGGAGACCGCGACGUCGGCAACCAUCACGGCAACUCGUCCUCGGCCCACGGUCGCGGCGGCGGUGCCCUAUCCAAGUCAGACCAACAUCACCAGCAACAGAAGGAAGCUCCCAAAAAGAUGACCUGGGCGUCGAUCGCGUCGCAGCCGGCUAAACCGCAAGUGAACACCACGAGUACCACGGUGAAGAAGAAGGGAAUGGCCCCACCGCCGAUGGUUCCGGGCAAGCACAACAUGGACAUCGGAACGUGGGACUCCCCGUCCAAGAAUGGACCCGGGGCCGCGAUGGUCCCGACGCCGACGCCACCUCCGAUCGUACCGCCGCCGGUGAUCGAACCGUCGCCGUUGGCCGAACCUCCGGCACCGGUUAAGGGGGCGACCCCGAUGGGUGGCAAUCACCAUCCGCAGCAGCAGCAGCAGCAGCAGCACCAACAGGCGCAUCAUCAUCAGCAACAACAGCAGUAUCAGCAACAUCAUCAGCAUCAACAGCAGCAGCAACAGCAGAACAUGGGACCACCUCCGGGAGCGCAAAACACCCGUUGGCCAACGAUUGGCCAAGCGCAGAAUCCGCCUCCGGCACCAACGCAACAGCAGCAGCAGAACCAAUCCGGAGGAAUGAUGGCUCAUCCGCCGCAGCAGCCGCGUCAAGAUCAUCGUCCGUACCACCAACAACAGCAGGGUGGUCCGCAAAACAACCGAAAUAACUACUCGGGGCCGCCUCCGUCGUACCAUCAUCAGCAACAGCAACAGCAGCAGCAACCGCCUUCGAUGCAACAACAACAGCCACCGCCGCAGCAUCCUCGCCAGAGCCAGAAUCAUCACGGAGGACCACCUCCGGCGCCGGUGCAUCAUCAGCAAGCCGAACGCGGCGGAUCGUACCAACAACCGCCUCCGCAAGCACCUCUGCACCGACAGCCGCAAGCUCCACCACCCCAGCAGGAUCAACCGGACCGCGUCCGUGGAAACGGACCAAUCUAUCACGACAACCCGCCGGUUCAACCGGCACCGCAGCCGCAACAAGCGCCGUCAGUUGUGCAGCCACCACCGCCAGCACGCUCGCCGACUCCGAGCGCAGCAGUGGCCGCGGAAGUUGCUCCGGCGCCCGUCGUCAUCAACCAGCUGCAGAGCAAGAACAACUACAAUCCGCCCACGUGCGACAUGCUCGACACGGCCCACCUGGCCCGGUUCUUCGUGAUCAAGUCCUACUCGGAGGAUGACAUCCACCGCAGCAUCAAGUACGAGAUCUGGUGCUCGACCGAACACGGCAACCAGCGGCUCGAUCAGGCGUACCGCGAGCGCGAAGAAAAGGGCGGCAUGGUCUAUCUGUUCUUCUCCGUCAACGGGUCGGGCCACUUUUGCGGGAUCGCCCAAAUGAUGACGGCCGUCGACUACAACUCGAUCUCGAGCGUUUGGUCGCAGGACAAGUGGAAGGGCACCUUCAAGGUGCGCUGGAUCUACGUCAAGGACGUCCCGAACGGCCAGCUGCGUCAAGUUCGGCUGGAAAACAACGAGAACAAACCCAUCACGAACUCGCGCGACACGCAGGAGGUGCCGAACGCCAAGGGUCUGCAAGCGCUCAAGAUCAUCCACUCGUACAAGCACACGAUGUCGAUCUUUGACGACUUUAUCCACUACGAGCAGCGCCAGCUUGAGGAGGACACCAAGAAGCACGAACCGCCGGCACCGCAGUACGGCCGGGACGGUGGACGAUCGUACGGGGAUCGCGGUGGCAGCUACGGAAGCGGUGGCUACAACAAGUACAACGAUCGCGAUGGAGGUGGCGACGGGUACAACUCGCGCGGUUACGAAGCACGAAGCUACCAGAGCAGCGGCUACAACAAGGGUAGUUAUGGAGGUUACAACAACCGAGGUGGCAGCCAGUACGGUGAUCGCGACCGGGGCGGCUACCAGAGCUACGAUCGUCGCAACAACAACAACAACAGCGGAAAUGGAAGCAACAGCGGGGACGACCGGGACGGCAACAACUACUCGGACCGUCACGAUGGUGGCGGUGGCGGAGGUGGAUACCAGCGAAGCUAUGGUCGGCCCAAUCGGGACUACAACUAUGGGCGGGACGAGAACCGUGGGCGGAACGAGUUCCGCAGUGGUGACGAUGGGUACAGAUCGCGGGGACCGCCGCCGGCGGCGUCUGGAUCGGAAGUCGAGGGUGGUAAUUCGGUGGCUGCGGACAAUAAUGGCGGUGGCUAUCGGAGCGCUUCGCGUGAUCAUUAUCGGGCUGGGAACUGAGGCGGAUUGGAGAAAUAAGCUUCUCGAUGCAUCCGUCGCUUGCAGGUCACUCCAUCACCAGCAGCCGCAGCCGCAGGACUCACAGCGGCGGUCGCCAGCAACAGCGCGUCGCAUCCACUUUUAACCACAUGAACGAUUUACUAAGCAACUGCUACUACUACAACUACCAUAACUUCUAUAAAAUAUGAAUACCUAUCAUUAGUGAUGAUGCUGCAGAAAAAACAAAACAACAACAGAAAAAAAGGCAGAGUUACAAACGCUAGUUAGGCUAGAAGAGAAAAAGAAGGAAGACGAUUCAUAGGGUUAAGAUUGAAAAUCGAGACGAUUGGUAGGCAACCGCGGAAGAGAUAAAUUUUGAAAAUUUAAUAUAUAUAUAAAAUAUUUAACAUAACCGUUAAGAGUGUGCUCUUUUAACAGGCAAACACAACAAUUAUGUCUUGUUGAAAUAUUAUUGAGAAAGUAAAGUAAAGUAAAACACAGAUAUAUGCGAGAAGGUUCACCCUAAACAGAACUUCAUUUUUUACGUUAACAUAAAGUAUAAAGAAGAAAAACCUAAACAAUUGAAAGGGGAGGAAAAAAAGUGCUGCCGUUAGUUACAAUGAUGAACCUUACCCUUAAUCCAACAGACAAUUCAAAAUAUCAAUGCACCGAUUUCUACUUUUUCGUUUCUUUGUGUUUGCCAACAAAACAAGCAGCA